CCCCCAUCCAGUACCCUAUCCAGCCCUUCCACUUCAAGAGCGGUGCAGACAUGCCUCUCCAACCUUGCCCAAUGCCGCACCCCACCCGAUACUUCUAGCUGGCGCCAACCAGUGGCGGACCCACUAAGGGUCCCAAGGGGUCCCGGGACCCCGUGCACCUCCAAAAAAAUACCUAUAUAUAUUAUAUAUAUUAUUUAAAAUUAAAUAUUCAAUGUAUAUUUACACACAAAACAAUUUCAAAACCAAAAGAACGAAGCAGCGGAACGGGAGCUUGCGCGGAUUCAAGGUAUCUAUGUUGCGGGAGGUAGCAUGUUCGAAUCCCGUUGGAAUUUUUUUUCGGCUUUUUUUCUGUGGAAGGCCCAACCGUGGAGUCUGCGAUUCCCAGCCCCCCUCUUUUCCUUAGGCCCAACUGGAACUUAGGCCCAAAACAAAACAAAAGACCCAGCCCUCACUUUUCCUUUCACGCUAGUCUGCGAUUCCCCCAAGCCCCCAACUGCGAAGCUGCCGAACUGCCCAAGCACGACCAAGUCGUUGGCUCCCUCCACCUCUUACCACCGUGACCGCCGGCCGAGUGCCUCAGUGCUGACGAGGCGACGACCACCAGCUCACCAAGGUACUCUUCUCUUCUUUUCUCCAUUAAUGAUGUUUCUCAAGCUUUUUGGUGUGAUUUUUGUUAUGCUCAAAAUUUAGGGUUUUCAAUUUCUAUGUUUAAAUUAAAUAUACCAAAAUUACGUCGUUCUUUUAAUUGCUUUUCUUUGCAUCUUUUUUUAAUGUUAGAUUAAAUUAAUAAAUUCAUGUACUUAUAAAUGUUAGUUUUCAAUUUUAUACGAUUUAGGAUUAAAAGAUAUUAAAUUGGUACUAUUAGUGAUGAUUCUAUUAUAGAAUAUUUCCAACAAAUGAAGCUUAGGAGGGUACAUCAAUUGUUGAAUGACUUUUAUAUAUAACUUUUUGCUUUAUAAUAUAUCUUAAUAUUUUGAUGGUGUACGUUAACUUUGAAGUGUUAUACUUCUUUAAUAUUUUUUUUAUUAGUUUUACAUUAAUGAGAGAUCAGAGAUAUAUAGGGUAGGGACCCCGUGGCUCCGAUUUUCUGGGUCCGCCACUAGCGCCAACAUUAGCCUUACCUUCCCAGCCUCUUCUCCAAUUGCCCGAACUCCUAUCUUUCUAAAUAAAAAAAUUCUAGAUCUACGCAACAUAAAUUUGCUCAGACUCAAGGUGGACGACAGAUGUGUACUAGCCACCAAAGCUCCUCGUCGUCGAGCUCGCAGAUGGAAGACCGAGUCGAUCCACCACUGUAACGUCGGUGGCGAAGGGCCGUGUACGUUGUUGGUGCUGAGAAGAAGAAGAGAACGACAACUGGAUAGCGGCGAAAGAUGGAGAGCGGCGGCGGAUGAAGAGUAAGCCUGUCGGUUGAGGAUGUAAAGAUCCGUCGGAGGCUUUUCUGUUGGAGCUUCGUCUUGCGGUCGAUGGCGGAGGAGAGGAGGCUACUGUGCGGAGAGAAUGUCCAUGAUGUGCGAAGAGGAGGCUACGGUUGGAUCUUUGUGACUCGGGUCACAUUUUUUGAAAAAUGUAAAAGUUGUAUUUUUUUUGGAAAUGGAAACUCUUAUAGAGUUAUAGUGAUAGACGGGCCAUUUUUUCAAAAAGUUAAGUUAAUAUCCCAAAUGUUUUUAAAAUUAAUAAUUUUAUCAAUUUAGGAUGCAAAAGAUAGGUUACUAUCAAUAGGGACCCGAGCAACUCAAUAUUACAGAGUAUCGAUUUAUGACUAAAAAUAUCAUGAAUUUUAAUAUUUUUUAUUUUAAAGAAUCUAAAUACUAUUAAAUAUUACUUCCUCCGUUCUCUUUUAGUUGCAACGCGGUUAACAUUUCACGUUUGUCAACGCACGUCUUUGACCGUAAUUAUAUCUUAAUUCUAUUAGUAAAAAAAUAUUAAAAAUCAGAUUUUGAAUAUUUGUAAUGUGAUGAAUUGAUCAAUAUUUUUUUUAAAAAAAAUAAUUUUCAUAAAAUAAUAGCGUAAAAUGUAGUCAAAGUAGAGUAUGUGAAUAGUGUAAAAGUCAACAUGUUGCGAUUAAAACGGAACGGAGGAUAGUAUUAAACUAAUAAACUUUUUUGAAGAAAAAUCAUAAAAAUAAAAAAUAUCAUCAUCAUUCAUCAUCAUUAUCCCAGUGUCGCAAAAACUCCCACCUACGUGGGGUAAGAGGGGGGGGGGGGGGUCAGAUGUACGCGGUCUUACCCCCGUACUAAAUAAAAAAGACACUGUUUCCAGAUGACCCGUGGUGAAAAUCACGUUAACAAUUAUAUGAACUAACCACUACUUCAUAACAAAGAAGCAGAAUCAGUUUAGUGAGUCAUUUGCUUUAUUUCAUCACAUUCCCAAGCCAAAAAUAGUGUCUUUGAAGUUUAUUGUUGAUAGUUUUUUUGGAAUGGAAAUAGUCUAUUUUAAAAUUAAUAAAUCUAGCCACAUUAUAAUAGACUCAAGAUCAUACCAACCUCAGGCCUAAACCCAUCGAUAUGACUUUGACUCUGCUACUCACAAACAAGCCGCAGAAGUCGCUAAUCAUGUAAUGGACAAAUUGAAGUUUAACAUUAUCAUGUAAGUCUUCAUGUUUCUAUUGUGAUUUGAAACAUCUACGAAAAACAACGAAUAAAUAAAAAGUAAUUUAAAGUACUGAAAUAUGCAAAACUACAAAAAAUAAAUCGACAUAAGGAAAUAAUAAAGCAACAAGCCAUCGGUUUCUAGUUAUGUCGUGUCCUAGUUUGAUUUCAUUGUACCUGCAUAUCAUUUUCAACUGUUUGGAAGCCAAUGACAUUUAUUCCAGACUUGUACUAAAUAGUUCGAUAAUAAUCUCAUACUACUCUUUCCUCGUGUCAUCAUGUGGCGAUGGUUCUGGAGAGGGAUGGAUCAACAGUAUCGUCAUAGAUGGGUUGAUAAUCAUGAUGGUAUUUGAGAAAAACAUGUCUAAAACUUGAUGAAUGUUGUCAACGGCAAUUGAACAAUAAGAUAGCAAACCGUAGCACUUGCAUCAUUAAUUUGCAAAGAAGUCGCCCCAUAACACCACUGUCAAAAUUGACAAAAGAACCCUAGAAAUUCUAGGGAAGAAAACAUCACACAUACAGUAAUACGAGUGCACAUAUCACUUUUUCCACUUUUUCAAUUGCGUGUGAACUUUACCUCUCCUCUUGAGCUUAAGCUUUGAAGCUUAGAGGGCUAAGAGCCUUCACCAUUCCUCACCUAACCAGCUACUCACCCACCUAGGGUUGCCCAUAUGCGGCAAAAGAGAGUGGCGACAUAUAUUUUAGUUACCAUUUAUUAUUCUACGUGCUUAUUUUUAUAUAUAGUUAAUCUAUCUUUCAAGUCCAUGAUUAAUAUUUUUUUUAAAUUAUUAAUAUAUCAUUGGGGCCUUUUUUACCAAUUUCUAACACCCUUCUUAACUACUGAAAUAUGGAAAAUAGUCUCUCCUCGUGAGAAGUCCUAGGGGUUUCUCUCUGUGUGAGACAUAGAUUAUUCCCGAUUCUUGAGCGUUGUACAUAAUCCAAUAUGGAAAAUCUGCAACUUAACGAUGAUGAAGAAGAGAUUUUGGAGAUUUCUAAUUCAGUAUCCCAGAUUCGGCUUGCGGAUGUUAAUCUUUGUUUAGUCGAGAGAUUCGUGACUCAGAAAUCAAUACGAACGCACAUGAUGAAAGAGUGACUAGCUACAAUCUGGGAACCCCAUGAGGGAGUCUUGAUUAAACAAGUACAAUCAGGUAUAUCUCUCUUCCAAUUCUAUCAUCGAUUGGAUCUGCAAAAGGUUAUGAAGGGAGGCCCCUAGAACUUUGAUAACCAUCUGCUGAUUAUUGCAAACAUGGGGGCAACAUCUAUACCCUCGGAAGUUCCAUUAUUUCAUGUCGAUUUCUGGGUCCAAGUACACAAUAUUCCAAUGACACAUAUGGAUGAGGAAACAGGAAAGAGUUUGGGAAACUUUAUUGGAACUUUCGUAGAGUAUGAUCCUAAGAACAAUGAGGGUCUCUAGAAGAAGUAUAUGCGCAUAAGAGUCACAUUAGACGUUCGUAAACCCUUGAAGAGGGGGGAAAGAAUCAGGCUGGUCAGUGGGGAAAUUAAAGUGAUUCGUUUUAGAUAUGAAAGAUUAAGCACCUUUUGCUUCUUAUUCGGAGUACUGGGCCAUUUAGAUACCCAAUGCGACAAAUUAUUUCAAAUGCAAGAGGACAAUGGAGUAAGAGGUUGGGGCAUAGAGUUACGGGCAGACAGAAGGAAGACAGGGGCUUCAGGGGGUGCACAUGGUUGAGGGAUGACACAGGAGGGCAAUUGGGAGAACACGUCACAGGCAUAAAUCAACAACAGAGUAGUAAGGAUACUGAUCUAGUUGCUUUUGUGGGAGCAGGAGGUGUUGAACAAGCUGCUCAAUGCAGUAGUGAAAUGCAGACGGAGGAUAAUGAACUAGCUGCAGAGAAGAAAAGAAAACGAUUUGCCGAAGAGUCGCAACCCAAAGUUACAGAUUGCUCAACUAGUACAUCGGGCAUCGCUGAAAAAAAAAUGGGGUGGGUCCUGAGUUCAGGCCCACCAGGACCAAUGAUUAUUUUAAGUUGGAACUGCCGAGGAUUGGGUCACCCGUGUGCAGUUCCGACACUUCGAGACCUAGUUAGGCAUAAUAAGCCGGAUGUUAUUUUCCUUUGUGAAACUUUAUGUUCUUCUUAUAAGGUGGAUGCAAUUCGUAGACUUUUGGGUUUUGAGGCUUAUUUUGUGGUGGAUAGGGAGGGAAGAAGUGGUGGUCUAGCGAUUCUUUGGAGAUCUGCCAAUCUCAUUGAACUAAUCAAUUUUUCAAAAAAUUUUAUUAAUGUUUUGGUUAAAGAGGAAGCUACUCACCCGUGGCAACUUACAGGAUUCUAUGGCAUUCCGGAUAGACAACAUCGAAGAGAAUCCUCAGAUAUUCUUAGAAAGGAUAGGUAGCAAUUGUAGAUUGCCAUGGUGUGUUAUCGGAGACUUCAACGACAUUUUGGCUCAUGAGGAGAAGAGAGGAAGGGUAGAGCACCCUACCUGGUUAAUAAAUGGAUUUAGAGCGGCAUUAACUGACUGUGGAUUAGUGGAUAUUAAGCUCGAAGGCAGACCCUUUACUUGGUGGAGAAGCCUAGAUUCUGACGAGUCGGUAGAGGAAAGGCUUGGUAGAGCUAUGGGAACAGAGGCGUGGCUGUAGCAUUUUCCAACCACUACAUUACGCAAUCUGGUAGCCUCUCACUCUGAUCAUUCUCCUAUUUUGCUUAACACGAAUUCUCAAGUAUGUAUGUUCAGGAAGAGAAGAUUUCAGUUUGAGAAUUCAUGGCUUAUUGAACCUGAACUUAAUAUAGUAGUUGAAAGCGAAUGGAAAGACUCCACUGGAGACCCAUUGCUCAAGAAGCUGGAACGUUGUACCGUUAAACUGGAUGCUUGGGGUCGGAAAUUGAGAAGAAGACACACAGAAGCUAUUGAUAAAUGCAGAGCUAAACUAGCACUUGCAAGAGAGUCUCUUUCAAACGAAGCAAUUCAUGAAGCUAAAAUCCUGCAGCGAGAAUUGGCUAAACUCCUUGCUCAAGAGGAGACUUUCUGGAAGCAAAGAGCGAAGGCUUUUUGGAUGCGGGAUGGAGACAUGAAUACUAAAUUCUUCCACGCAGCUGCUACUUCCCGAAAGAAAAGACAAAAUUAUUAGCCUCAAGAAUGAAGAUGGAAUUUUAGUAACAUCCCAGGAAGGUAUUGCUGGAGUGGUGCAUGUCAAUCAGAUAUAGCAUAUAUAUUUUGUAUAUUUAGCCAUAAUUAGUUUCUCUAGUUAUGGUAUGUUUUUGUAUAGUAUCUUGUAAUUAAUAGGUAGAUUUUAAUUGCCUUAUUUAUUCUUGUAAUUGUUCUAUAUAAUAGGAAGAACCCUCACAUUGAGAGGAAUUCAAUACAAUUGACAUGGUAUCAGAG